CGCAGGCUCGGCCUGCUUUAUCCAGUGGGACAGCGUAGGGUCACUCUAAAAAUUGCUGCUGCUGGGACUUGUCAGGUGGCUGCUGGUGGCUCCCCACUGGCUUCUCCUUCUCCCCCUCUCUGUCUCUCCACAGAUUGCCUCCCCAGAGGAGUGUGCUGCUAAAACUUCCUCAUCGCAAGUUGGGCUGCCCUUUCACACACAGGAGGCAAGUUCUUGCCUGCGACAGUGUUUGCCAACAUGGCGCCCAAAAAGAAGACUGUCAAAAAGAACAAAGCAGACAUUAAUGAGAUGACUAUAAUUGUCGAAGACAGCCCCCUCAACAAACUGAAUGCCUUGAACGGGCUCCUAGAAGGAGGCAAUGGCCUGAGCUGCAUUUCUUCUGAACUCACAGAUGCUUCUUACGGCCCCAACCUCUUGGAAGGUUUAAGUAAAAUGCGGCAGGAAAGCUUUCUCUGUGACUUAGUCAUUGGUACCAAAACCAAAUCCUUUGAUGUUCAUAAGUCAGUGAUGGCUUCAUGCAGUGAGUACUUUUACAACAUCCUGAAAAAAGACCCAUCAACUCAAAGGGUAGAUCUCAAUGAUAUCUCGCCACUAGGCCUGGCCACUGUCAUUGCAUACGCCUACACUGGGAAGCUGACUCUCUCUCUGUAUACAAUAGGAAGCAUUAUUUCCGCAGCUGUCUAUCUUCAGAUCCAUACGCUGGUAAAAAUGUGCAGUGAUUUUCUAAUUCGAGAGAUGAGUGUUGAGAAUUGCAUGUAUAUUGUCAACAUCGCUGAAACGUACUCCCUGAGAAAUGCAAAAGCGGCCGCCCAGAAAUUUAUCCGGGAUAACUUCCUUGAAUUUGCAGAAUCAGAUCAAUUUAUGAAACUUACAUUUGAGCAAAUUAAUGAACUGCUUAUAGAUGAUGAUUUACAGCUGCCCUCUGAGAUAGUAGCAUUCCAGAUAGCAAUGAAAUGGUUAGAAUUUGACCAAAAGAGAGUGAAAUAUGCUGCAGAUCUUUUGAGCAAUAUUCGCUUUGGCACCAUCUCUGCCCAGGACCUGGUCAAUUAUGUUCAGUCUGUACCUAGAAUGAUGCAAGAUGCUGACUGUCACAAACUGCUUGUGGAUGCUAUGAACUACCACUUGCUUCCCUAUCAUCAAAACACACUGCAGUCGAGGAGAACAAGAAUCCGAGGGGGUUGCCGAGUCCUCGUCACCAUUGGAGGACGCCCCGGCCUUACUGAGAAGUCCCUUAGUAGAGACGUCUUGUAUAGAGAUCCUGAAAAUGGAUGGAGCAAGCUUACGGAGAUGCCGGCCAAGAGUUUUAAUCAGUGUGUGGCUGUGAUGGACGGGUUUCUUUACGUGGCCGGUGGUGAAGACCAGAAUGAUGCAAGAAAUCAAGCCAAGCAUGCAGUCAGCAAUUUCUGCAGAUACGACCCGCGCUUCAACAGCUGGAUACACCUGGCUAGCAUGAACCACAAGCGCACGCACUUCAGCCUGAGCGUGUUCAACGGGCUCCUUUACGCCGCCGGCGGCCGCAACACAGAGGGCAGCCUGGCCUCUCUGGAGUGCUACGUGCCCUCCACCAACCAGUGGCAGCCCAAGACGCCCCUGGAGGUGGCGCGCUGUUGCCACGCCAGCGCGGUGGCCGACGGCCGCAUGCUGGUGACCGGCGGCUACAUUGGCAACGCGUACACGCGCUCGGUGUGCGCCUACGACCCCGCCAGCGACUCCUGGCAGGAGCUCCCCGGCUUGAGCACCCCCCGCGGCUGGCACUGCUCGGUUACGCUGAACGACCGGGUAUAUGUGAUGGGGGGCAGCCAGGUGGGGCCGCGCGGGGAGCGCGUGGACGUGCUGACCGUGGAGUGCUACAGCCCGGCCACCGGCCAGUGGAGCUACGCGGCGCCGCUGCAGGUGGGCGUGAGCACGGCGGGCGCAUCAGUCCUGAACGGCCGCGCCUACCUGGUGGGGGGCUGGAACGAGGGCGAGAAGAAGUACAAGAAGUGCAUCCAGUGCUUCAGCCCCGAGCUCAACGAGUGGACGGAGGACGACGAGCUGCCUGAGGCCACCGUGGGCGUGUCCUGCUGCACCCUCUCCAUGCCCAACAGUGUGACUCGGGAAUCCCGGGCCAGCUCGGUGUCCUCCGUGCCAGUCAGUAUCUGAACCCAGGUAGCUGCCGGCAUGCAAGAAAGAACGCGUAUGUAUUCGGAGAGCCACGUGGUUAACAUUUGGCGUUAGCGAAAAGGAAAAUAUAUAACAUUUACUACAAUGAUUAUGUUUUUAAAUACAUCGAGGUGCAUGCCUUGGUGGCUUUAAAUUCCUAGCAUGGCAUAAUCUACCUCUCUCUCUCUCUCUCUCUCUCUUUUUUUUAAGCAAAAUUCAGGGUCUUAGCCAACGAAAGAAAUGGAAUUUAUUUCAGCGGCCACUGGGUGGCAGCCCAAACUCGUUGUAGACGCUCUUCCAGCGUGGUGCUGGCCCAAAGGUAUAGCGGAGACACCCACAUUUGAAGCUUAUUUCAUGUUCAAAGGCUUAUAUUGCCCUAUUAGAAGUUUAAAAUCUUCAUUCGUAGAUUUAUUUAAAAAUGGAAACCAGUUACGAGGGUCUCCAUAAAGACUUGAGAUUUUCCUGUACUUGACCCCGUGCAGACUUUUGUUCUCUUAGUAAAUGAAUUGCAGGCAUCCUCACCCUAAAAGCUACACCAACGUGGUUGAAGGCAACCUGAGCCUAAUGUAAGCCCUGGAAAAUCACCAAAGAAAACUAUAUGCUUAAGGACCAUUAACUUCUAGCUAGAUAACAUGAAGGUUAUACAAGCAGUCACAGUAAUUUGAUUUGCUCCACUCUUUUACUUGAUGAGAAUGAAGAAAACAUUUGGAAUUCUUGGAUUUGGUAAUACCUGCAUAAAUGCUAUUUUCAAUUUCAUAUCAAUCUUGGUUUCUUCAACAUCUAAUACAUUCACUCAUUGACAUAUUAAAAUAAUAUAUGCCCAUUCUGUUCUUAUUCACUCAUCUCCAAAUCUGCUUUGCACAUCAAAGUGUGUCUAGUUGAUGUCAUUUUUCUUCUGUUUGCCAAGUUGGGGGAAAGGGAAUGAUUGUAGUAAAUGAUACAUAUUUUCCUUUCUUAUAAUUUAUCACUUUAUUCUUUGAUAGCUUAUUUUGGAGAGGAGGUGGCCUAUAAGUAUGGGUUAUGUGCAAUUGGAUAUUUUAAAAUAAACUGUUUAAAUGGUUAAACAGAUUUAUGGAAACAUAACUUGGUUUUCAUUAGUCCCACCCUCUCCCACCUUCUGUAGGUAGGUUAUUGCUAGAGUUAUGAUAUUUAUAUCUAAGGUAUUUUAUGUGAACUGUGAAAAUUGGUUCACAUAGGACACUUUGUGGAACAAUUUUAUACUAUUGCCCCUUAUAAAAAGUUCAGUCUUUGGAUAGUUAAAGGUAACACUCUGGUGAAAAUUACAGACAUUGUAAAUUGUCAAAGCAUUAUUCAGUUAAACACACUGGGCUAUUUCCUCACCCCGUGCAGUGAGUAAAGAGUUUCACCAGGUAUGGGCCAGAUCUAAAGCACCUGCUCCUUUGACUCCUUAUCUGCCCAGGCUGGAAAAUAAAACUCUGAGAAAAUACUUAGGGAGUUCAAUCACUGAACUCUUAAGGUACCAGUGAUACAACCUAUACAUAGUCUUUUGUCCUUCCAGCAGCAUUGGUAAAAUGAAAGUUUCCAUUAACCAAUUAUUUUGACCACAACUUGCAAAGCCUAUGUGAGGGUGACUGUAACAUCUUUUAUAUAUAAUGUGUGUGUGUGUAUGUGUGUGUAGGUGUGGGUACUUAUACCCAAUUGAGCAGACUUUCAUGUAUUGUUCUUUUUGAAGGAAGGACAUGUUUUAACUAUGGAUUGCAGAUUGUACAAAGGCAAAUAGAUUUAAUUCCUUGACGCACACUAGUCAAUGUGUCUCCUAUUGAGAUCUUAGAAGUAUUCUGUGAAAAGGAGGACCUAGGCUGGAAAUGAAAUAAGAACCAAUUGGUUGUGACACUUUGUGAUGGAAAAAUGAGGAGAGACAGUGAAACGAGAGGAUUUUCCAUCUGAAAGAACUUGAUGAGAUAGGUUGUGUACAGACUUGGCAGUAGCUUUCUGGAGAUAAAACUGGAGACAUGUUACAGCUGAACACAUCAUUUGAAAUUAGUCAAAUUUGUUUUCUGUAUUAUUUAUGUUAAGACUCAGAAAAUACAUAUAUCUGAGCUGCCCAGGUUCUUGGAGUGUGUCCCUGUUCUAUCUUCUUGCUUCAGCAGGUCAGGAAAGACCAGUAUGAAUUUGCAAUGCUAGAAUUUCUGACAUAACACCUUGGAAGGGAGUCUGGAUAUAAGCAUUGGUAAAAGUUUUAGAUCCCAGGAUAUCCUGUACUGCUAAUUGAAAGACACAAAAGUGCAGAAUCAAAAUGAUGUGUGUCUCCUUUCUUUUAUGUAUAAGUGAAACAUGUUCUUCAACCCAACUAUUGAAGUAGUUGCUCCUGGAAAGCAUAACUUCUCCGUGUUUCCCGAGUGGAAAAUUUGCUUCAUUUUUUAAAUAACAUUUUAAGCUUACAUUCACUUAUACUCCUGAGUUUUAGGAUCCAACUCUGUACUUCCUUUUAUGAAAGAAAAGGACCUUCUAUUUUUCUAAUGCCUGUGUCCUGUGAUUAAAUAAAAGCAUCCAUUCAUUGUGUCUGAGGAAUAGCAGGAUACCAACAGCUGAAAUUAAAAAUUCAAGCUUUCUUUUUCUGAAUGGGCCAGGACCUAAUGAGAAAGUCUGUAAGAGGCCAGACUUCAAUGUCAUUUGUCCAUUUUUAAUUCAGUUCUUGGUGCCAAGUUAUCAUCACUGCUAACCUAGUUGCUUUUAGGGCAUUGAAUGAGUCUCAUUUUUACUUUCAUGUUGAAAGAAUGUUUAUGAAUAAGAGGUCAGUGAUGGUACAGAUUAAUGUAAUUCUAAACAAUGAUUAGAUGGCAGUGGAGCGUUAUGAGUGAACAAUAUAACUGAGGUAUAAGGAAGUGAGUACUGAAUGGUUCUAUGACUAAAGGCAGACCAGCAAUUAUAGUUAGUGUGUUUUAUAAACAUGCAUGUAAAUAGAGGUUUACCCGGAAAAAUAUGUUAAAAAGUUGUUUGGUUUUGCUGGUUAUUCUGGCCAACUGUCUUCUGAAUUCAUUCAACUUAUUAGAUAAAAUAAAUUAAAAUAGCUUAAUUUAUUUAUCCCUUAGUUCCAACCAAAUGAAUUUUUGGUGUCUCUGAAGGAGCCAGAGGUUCCGGCCACUAGUGUAUGUGUUUUCUAGCACAAGGCAGCAUUAAAGUGUUACGUUUCAAUAUUUCUAUUCAUACCAAUAAGAAUUAGAAUUUCCAAACAUACCUCCACAGGUCACUAUGAGAAAUGAAGACUAUAAAAUAUUAAGAUUGACCCUCCAGCACAUUCAGAGGGUCAAGACCAUUUAAUUGUCCCUCUCAGGGAAUUUGGAAGAAAAUACUUGUCUUGGAUAUGUCUAAAGUGUUUUUUAUGUAUUCAGCAAAUUUUGGCAAAAAAAUGUUUGCUCAAAGCAGUGUAAUACUAUAUAAGGAAAAUACUACAAUGUAUGUAAUGUUAUUCUAUGACCUCAUCACUAUCAAUAAAGCUGCACUCAACAAGA